AUGUCGAACGCAACACAUCGCGCUAAAUGCAGCGCUGGUGGUCAGAUUCGGCCACUCCAACGCAUUUCUGUGCUCGCUGGCGAUCGAGCACUCGUACAAGCCAUGCGUGGCCUAGUGGCUAACUACGCAAACAGUAAAAACGUAUAUGCGUUGAGCAUCGAUAACUACAUCAGUAAAUAA